UUUUAUGCGCGUUAAUGAGGAAUGUUUUAUUACAGGAGAAAGGUUAAUGAGAGUGUUUUUACUUGUGUUUUUGUUCUGAUUGUUUUUGAGUUAAUUCUGAUUUUAAUUUUUGUGUUUUUGUUUUCAUGUGUUUUCUACGUAAUUCUGAUUUUUGUGUUUUUGUUUAUUAAUUCUGGUUUUUAUUAAAUUCUGAUUUCAUAAUUCUGAUUUAAAAUUCUGAUUUUGUAUUUUAUAAUUCUGAUUUUUGUAUUUUUGUUUUUAAAUUCUGGUUUUUAUUAAAUUCUGAUUUCAUAAUUCUGUUUUUUUAAUUCUGAUUCUAUUCAAAUUCUGAUUAAUUCUGAUUUCAUGUGUUUUUAUUCCUAAUUCUGAUUUUAAAUUCUGGUGUCUGUAUUUCUCUUUUUAAUUCUGAUUUUAUUAAAAUUCUGAUUGUGUUUCUCCUUUCUUUUAUUUUUUAAUUAUUCUUUUUCAGAAUUCAUUCUCAACAUUCUGAUUUUAUUAUGGAUUAUUUUACAUUUUCUCUCUUAAUUUACAACGCUAUUUUUAUUCAAAUAUGAUAAAAAUUAUAGAACAACACAAAAAUGUAUUUAUGCAAAUCACAAAUCAAUUGUCGGUUAUCUUCUUAUAACUAGGUAUGUUUAUUUUAAAAAUUAAAUUUCUAUUUUAAAUUUAAUAAAUAAUGCGACUUUCUUUUCUGGCUAUUUUAAUAAUUAUUUUAGUAUUUAUACAUUAUUCUUAUAUUUAUUCUGUGCCUCAAUGUCAAUUUGGCGAAUGCUCUUCGUGGGAUAUUUUAUUGCUUCCUUUAUUAACCGACAAAUUUACCCAAGUUAGCCUUCUCAAAGCAAUUGUUCGUUCAAUGUUGUGUGGCUGCCGUUGGUAUUUUGAUGAACAAAUCAAGAUUGAAUUGGCAACUAAAAAUGGGUCUUUUGUACAUAUUAAAGAUCCAAUUUCUUUUCCUGAAUUUGAACAAUUGGAUCAAUUCAAAUUUACACAAACUGAACGUCAUUCUAACAAAAGUUAUUGGAAGAUUUGUGUUGAUAAAGCUGUGGCCAAUAUUGAAGGUUUUAAAAACAAUUCUAAUUUAACAACAGCAAAAAUAGAAGAAAGGAAGAGAGGACGUUUUGUAUUUGUAAUUACUGAUUUUGAGAGGAGUCGAAAUGGAAACGAGAGAGAUUUUCUACAAGAUAUUGACCAUCAAUUAGCAGAGAAUGGUGUUUUCUUUCGAUAUGUUCAGCUGAAAUUUGAUGACCAUAAACAGACUCAAAUUACAACUGGCGGAGGAAAGUCGUCAACGAUAAAUGAACGAAUCCGUAACAUUAGUUCAAACAUAAUUCGUGUAGCUAUUGUGGAACAAGGCUCAGAUUUUGAUGCUUUUGUAAUUGUUCGUCCUUGCCCUCAACUGAAUGAUGCUGAAAAGAUUCGUGAAUAUUCGUGAGCUUUUUUUUAAUUUUUUUGAUGGGCUGUCGUCUCUCAAUCUGGGAUGUCCUCAACUGUUAUUUUUUCCUGUUUGUGGAUUUUUUCUUAUUUUUUUUUUGCAAUUUUUUGCGGAUUUUCCGUUAUUUGCGGAUUUUGCCCAUUUUUGCGUAUUUUUUCUAUUUUUUAGUACCUCUCGCCUUUCAAACGCGCCUGAUUUUUUGUUUUUAACCCCCUACCUUUUAGUUAUGUCCAGCACUUUUACUAUGAGAAUUGGCUUCUUAGAAGUAAGUUCUCAAAAAUUCUUAAAAAUUCAUUUCCCCUCUCAUAUUUUUCGAUCCUCGAGGUGCUGUAAUUGGCUUUGCACUUUGUCUAUUUGCCAUUCUUUGCGCUAUUUCCUCCUAUUUAUUUCAUAUUUGG